AUGGAUCGCACCUCCGGUGGUUCCUUCCAAAGUGGUCUUCAGAAACCCUCUGAGCUCCGUAGCAACAGCAGAAGGAAGUGCUUAAGAUGUGGAAAAGACAAACUCCAUCCGAAAAAGAGCGGUUCUAAUAAGAGAUCGACAAUGGAAGCCAGUGAAGUUGGUGGAGUAGUAUCUGCAACCAAGGAACAGAAAUUACAUCGUAAAUCUGUUUCUCGCAAUCGUGCUGCAACAAAACAUCGAAAGCCAGUCUCCCGAAACGCUUUGAGAAUGAGUCGCCAACUCUCUGAUGGCUCUCUCAAUUCUCAGAAAAGGAAACAAGGAUCUCAGGAAAGGACUUCUCAGAAAAGUAAACGAGGAGGAGAUCUAAACCUACAUGAUGAUGAGGACCGAAUCGAGUAUGUGAUCAGUCUCGAAUGUCAUUCGCAACGCCUACCGUUAUCACUAGCUNCAAACUUUUCUAACAAUCUCAAGAGAACUUCCCGGAAUUACCCGAAGCCACGUCGAGCGAGCGGCAGACUUUGA